AUGGGUUUUUUCGAUUGUAUUUCUAGCGAUCCACCAAUUGAAAUUUUUCGUUUAACUGAAUUAUUUAAUAACGAUAAAAAUCCGUCUAAAGUUAAUUUGGGUGCGGGUGUAUAUCAAGAUGAAAAUGGUAAAAUGUCUACGUUAUCUGUUGUUCGUGCCGUUGAACAAUCAAUGGCUCAAGAUUUAACAUUGGAUAAAAGUUAUUUAAAACCGAUUGGUCAGGAUUCAUUUUGUCAAGCAUGUUUAGAAUUGGUAUUAGGUAAACAAUCAUCAUCGAUUAUAGAAAAUCGUGCAUGUUCAAUUCAAGGAUUAUCAGGCACAGGUUGUUUGACAAUUGGUCUUAAAUUUUUGUAUCGUAAUGGAUACAAAAUUGGCUACAUAUCAUCGCCUACAUGGAGCAACCAUGGUUCUAUUCUACAAUCGAUUGGGUUUGAUGUUAAACAAUAUCGUUAUUGGAAUAAAGAUAAGUUAAAUUUAGAUAUUGAUGGUUUAUUACAAGAUUUACAAGAUGCACCGGAAAACAGUGUCAUUAUACUGCAUGCUUGUUCUCAUAAUCCUACUGGUUGUGAUCCAACACAUGAACAAUGGCAACAAAUAUCAGACGUGAUUAAACAACGAAAAUUAUUUCCAUUUUUUGAUUUUGCUUAUCAUGGUUUUUCCAGCGGUGAUUUAGAUCAAGAUGCAUGGUCAAUACGUUAUUUUGCGGAUCAUCAAAAACACGAGUUAUUAGUAGCACAAUCGUUUGCAAAAAAUUUUAGUCUAUAUAAUGAACGUAUUGGUCAUUUAAUGGGUAUUUUUUCUUCAACAGAUAUCAUACCAAAGUUUCGCUCACAGUUAACAACAAUUAUUCGACAAAUUUAUUCAAAUCCGCCCGUACAUGGAGCACGUAUUGUAGCAACUAUUUUAAAUAAUCCAACAUUAUGUUUACAGUGGAAAGAUAAUGUGAGAGCAAUGUACGAAAGAAUACAAUCGAUGAGACAAUUAUUAUAUACAAAAUUAAAACAGUUAGGCACACCAGGUAAUUGGGAUCACAUCAUAACGCAGCAUGGAAUGUUUGCGUUUACUGGUUUAAAUUCUCGACAAUGUCAAAUACUUGUACAACAACAUCAUAUCUAUUUAAUGAAUGAUGGAAGAAUAAAUAUAUGCGGAAUUACACAAAAUAAUGUUGAUCAAGUAUCAAAAAGUUUUUACGACGUUGUAACAACAAUGGUAGAUGAUCUUAAAUUAUAA